AUAGAUGCUAAAGCGCGCUUAAAAUUACCGUACGUAAACGUUCUCGUACACUAUUAAUCUUAAGCACCUACGAAAUGUGAUUGUCUUAAUAAAGUGCUAGAUAAAAAAGUUGUGAGUUGCAAAACACUGCUUUUUUCGAUGUCUUUUCUAAACAAUGCACGAUUAAGUUUGCUUUUAAUCUCAAAAAGUUUCGAAUUUUAGGCGUUGGCCUUCUUGAAGCAAAAAACAAACGAUUUGCUUAUUCUGACCCUACCAACUCAUACGAUUGCAUUGAAUGUACUCUCAAUUUUUAAGGAAGUUACCGAUGAUUUAAAAUAAUCCACCAAUUAGCAUUAAAAUCGGAUUCGGUAUUUAGACGCUACAAACUCGUACGGUUACCUUCGAUCGAAUCAAAUUUAAAUGAGCAUUACUGUGGAGAAACAGGACCGAAAAGAAAACCAAAUCCGCCCACUUCAAAAUUGAGAUCAUACCCAGUGCUCUCGAAAAUCAUCCCUUCAUUUUCCGCCAGUCAGGUUAGACCAUGAGAAAAGCAGUGAUGAUGCAGAGCGCGCGAUUAUAAAGCAUGUUUUGACGUAAAAUUAGUGCCCGAUAGUUUGGAAAAGAGCAGUAAAAUGGCUGCCGGUUCUGCCGUUGCGAUGAUAGGAGCCAACUUACGUUAUGGAAGUAGCGCGAGUAACGCGAGCCUGAACGCCACAAGAAUAUUUCAAUGUCAUCCCGGAGGAACCGCCGAGGCCGCCCUUAUUUUUGCUUUGGGAUCUAUGGGAAUGGCCGCAAACGUUGCCCUAAUGGGAGUGAUAUUGGCUAAUAGACAACUGAGGCGGUGGUCGCAGGGACUACUAUUUCAUCAGGCCGCCGUUGAUUGUUUAAGGGCCGCGUUAUUGCUGCCCUUAGGUGUAUCAAUUCUGAGAUGCCAACCUGUUCAGAAGUGUUCGCUCGUCGAGACCGCCUUUUUGCUUUUAGUCACCGUCGCGACGGUCAAUAUGCUAACAACGGUCCUAAACGAUUCACCAAUCUUUCCGGAUGACGACGAAGAAGAAACGGCCCAAUCGGCGCCGUUAUUGAUGGAUUCGCCUCAAUGUGUUCUUUUCGGAACGUUUAUGAUUUGGUUCGCCUCGAUAACCAUAAAUCUCGGGCCCACAUUCUUAUCGGGUGCGCUCGCGGCUCAAGCGGAAUUGGGGCACAGUGCGCCAUCGUGCCCGUUAAUUCAUGGUCCGCUGCGACAUUACGUUCUGAACGUUUUAUGGAUCGCGGUUAACUUGAUAUGCGUCCUUUUGACUUUAUUCCAUCUACGAAAGUUACAUCGCGACUUGACAAAGGCUAACGUGGAAGCCGUGAGAGUUGCGGGAUUGGUCACAUCCCUCGUUAGUGUCACGGGGGGUAGCGGGACGACACCUAACGCUACUGGUGAAAGGGCGGCGGGUGCUUUGGAGGAGCAUCGGAAAAUGCGAGACUACCUAAGAAGAAUGGAAAAAGAAGGCGUACAACGAGUGAAAAUGUUCCUAGUAAUAACAGCGGCGUACGUACUAUUUUGGGGACCACUAUUCUUUGUAACGCUAGUACACCACCCGAUAAUCGGGAAUCCGCUAGGAUACGAGAUUACCCUACACAUAUCAUACGUACACGCAAUAGUAAAUCCCACCCUAUUUAUGGUGCUUCAUAAGGGGUUGCGAAGAGCAGUUUUAGAUAUAUGUUGCGGAUGGGUACCUCUAUGGUUAGGAACCGGUAGUGUUCCCCCACCACCCGAUCCCCCGAGGGCUGCCGACAUAUCAUAUCUAAGUAAAUCCCCCUUACCCACCCCCGCCCACCCAGAUAGCUCUAUGGUAAUUAAAUAUUAUAUGGAGACACCGAUUUGAAUCCUUGGACUUCUGAACCGCUAAACGGCGGAGUCGUAAUGCCCCACUAUGCGAGCCCAAUUCCGGGCUCAUCGCCCGAUAGCGAUUAGCCCGAAUGGGACAAAUCCACGCGGAUAUAAAGUACGACAAUGUCGAGAUCGAAGAAGACAAAAUCUUAUUAACGAAUCGAACGAAUUCGAUUGGCUAACAAGUUUUAAUUUGUUACUCUUUGUAUUUAUCUCACGAGACAUAUCGUAAUAAAACGGGAUAAAUACACUUAAAUGUUUAAUUAAUACGAUAAUAGAAUAACAAAUUAAAAAACGACUGAUUAUAGAGGGUUCCAAUUGCGAAAGCCACAUAGGAAUUGAUAUCAUUAUACGGUAAUAAGGCUUAAUAGUUUGAGAUAGUCCGCCCAAAUUCUUAUCAGUAAUAAACGCGCGAAUGGAUCAUAGAGUAGUAUUGGCUACGCUGACAAUCACCUUAUCCAAAAUGCUCCAUGAUCGUUAACUAAAUAAGAGAAUUAAAAAAUGUGCCUAAAAGGUGGAAUAAACUUAAUCUACUUUUGUAAAUAAGUCAAAUUACUAGUAAGAGAAAUGAGAGAGAUUAUGCACAAGCUUAUUACUGUAUUGUCAAUGCGAAGGAAACCGACUCACAUUUACCAAAUUUGGUUUUCUUCACAUUUGCUUUUUUCGGACGUAAGUGCACGGUUCUAUUGUUUAUGUG